AUGAGUAUUCAACCAGUGUUUCCGGAUCAAAUAUACCAUCAGGAGCUGUCCUGUAUUGUGGAUCAAGUACAAUGGACAGGAAUCCUUUAUAAUGGGUUUAUUCCAGUACGCAAAUCAACUUACAGCCCAGUAAAUCACACCGAGGAGUCAGGCCUUCCUGGAUUUGCAAAACACAAUCAUCAAUGGUUCUACUCUCAGCGGGAGGAAGUCGUACUUGCUGGCUUUCGGUGGAAUCAUUUUAUUCUUAGCAAAACGCCAGCCAGAACAUACAGCUCCUUUGAACAUGCUCUACUGAGUAUUCAACCUUUAAACAUUGAAUGUCAAAUAGAAGUUCAACAACCAUCCAGAUAUCAGAAACAAUAUGUUCAAGGAAAUCUAACAAUGUUUUUGGAUAAGCCAGUUCCAAUGAAGGCGACUCUUUCUAUCUCUAAUAUGGUCGGACGAUUCUUUCCAGAGCCUUUGGACAGUGCCUCUUACAACUGGAGAGCUGGGUUCUCUAUAGGACAACAGCAUCUACAUGGCUUCCAAAAUGUACAGCAAAAACUACACCUGGAAGAAGUCACUUCACGAAACUACUUCUCAACUCUAUCUCGAGCUCGCUAUGGCUAUGCUAUCUCCAUCAGUGUAGUAUAUGGCUGCAAAGUGGUCUUUGUGUUUGAUGCUUGGGGAGCUCAGCGUACUAAACACCACAGCCAUUGGGCCUUUGGAAAAUGGCUCAGAGAUAUGAUACGGGGCAAGAACGUCCAGAACAGAGUACGGCAUAGUACAAUUUUUCCAGUUGUUCUCAAACCGGGUGAUGUUCUGAUUUUACAUCCCGGAACCCCAUACAUGGAGCUUACCCUUGAAGACACUGUGUCGUUCAAAGACUUCUUUUAUUGCAGUUCCACCAUUCGAGAAUCCUGCUUUUCCAUUCUUAUCGACUUCAUUCGAGAUCCUUCUGAAACAUCCGCGUUUCAAUAUGAAGAAGGUUGGCUCUAUUACUUCCAAUCACAAACGACGGAUAUAGAAGCUGUAAUAAAACGGAACAAGCCAUACAUCCGCGAUCUCUUCUUUAUGCUGGCCGGAUGGCAUACGAACACUGCUACUGCCAGCUACACAACCAGAUGUUUGGAGAGCGAAGAAGACCCACACAUUCAUGGAGAAAUGAUGCACACUCCCAAUUUGCUCUCUAUCACGGGUAUUCUGGACUUUAUAGCAUUGCUCAAUGUCUUCAGAUUAUCCAGCAGCACUUGGCCAGAGUCAUAUAGAUGGCGUAUGUCUAUGGAACAAUCGCAGGUAGACGCUGAGCCAAGUCAGCUUGUUGGUCUAGGUUGCAAGAUUGGAGAGGAUAUUUGGAACUGGAUUAGCAAUCUUCCUAUUACUGCGAAAUUGUCUACAUCUGAAGUUGCCUGGCCAGAUCUAGUCUGGCACUUGCACAUGAAUUGGCUACAAUGCCAGAUUUUAACAGUCGCAAAGGAGCUGAGAGGUAACUCUCUGAUAGUUCAUUAUCCGCAUGAGAUGGAGGGGGGGAAGACUGAAGAGGGAGAAGUGCAGGUUGGUGAAUGGUUCAGCUUUUGUAUAGCUGAGGUAUUGCCAUUCUAUGGGGACUCAGAGUGGAUUGUGGAACUUCUAUCAAGACUUCAAACUCGAAAACCUGGAGUUGAAGAUGCACCCUAUACACCAGAGGAUGGGUUUGCUUUGGAAUAUUCUGAUAUCAGCUCACUUAACUGGAGGUAUGAAGUGUUUAUGACCAAGAAUGUGCGAUUAGUCUUCAGAGAAGACUCUGACAACAAGGUGUUGACCUCAGCUAACACAAUGACGCUGGUAUCUCGAGACAAGGAUUUUAUUAGAAUUAGGAGAUCAGUUAGGGAUUGGGUUGAAGAGAUGAAGCAUAGUUUUAACUUGCCCUCAGAAAUUGCAGAUGCUUAUAACCAGCAACAAUAG